CCCCGUACAGACUAACACAGUCUAACUUGUGUAUCGAUGCCGUAUGUAUAUUAUCUAUUGACAUUUUCACGUGGCAGCCUAUUUACAGAAGUGUAGUAUUUGCUCAAAGGUUUAUAAGUAACCGAAGUUUUCAUUAACAUUUAGAACUAGCGAUUCUUUUUGACUUCCAGUGUAGAGACGAAAUAAACAUUGCAAUGUCUACUAAUUAUAGCAAGUUCCAUUGGGAUUCUUAACUAGAAGGCCAGAAACACUGACAAUUGCUCUCAUAACUUAAGUUUAACUCGGACAUUCUGUCUGGUCGUGUGGUAUAUGACGCCUGGUUAUUACAGUAUACAGUUUGUCAGGUGUGAAACAGGGUCGACUUGACGGAAAGAUUAAUUGUUUACUGGUCGUGUAAUCCUCUGUAUUAGAUAUUUUAAUUCUCCAUAAAUGACCCGGCCAUGGACCUUGGUUAAGCAAGGUGGACUCAGUGUGUUCAGAUCAUGAGAACUUUUUACUGAUAAUUAGUGGAUAUCUCAACGACCUAAAAUGUUAUUUUGUGUGUGAUGGAUUACAAUGGUGUAUUAAGGAAACGCUGAAACAUGUUUCUCUUUCAGAAAUAAUUUGUAGAUGUUUUAACAAAUCCACAUAGUUUUUUUUUUCUGAAUGAACGGGAUUAAAUAUGGCGACUGCCAGACCGACCGGUUGUUCCCGUCAUUAUCCGGAAAGUGCAGGAUCCCUCCCCGGGACCCGGCUUGUUACGGAUACAUAUCUAGGGGUACCCCGGACCGUGGCUGUUUCAGCGUCCACGAACUCCGGGAUGAGGAACAGCUUUGUUGUCACAAAGGAGCCGACAAAGUCGAAGAUGAAAAACGGUCAGUCUAACCAAUCAAAGUUUAUGAAAGAGAGCAACGUGGACAGUGGUGUGACCAUUCUCCCAUGGGAGGACUUUAUCUACGAUCCAAGGGUUCUUAACGACUUAUUCCACCUGGAAACAGACGGGGUUAUAACCUAUGACCCCGAGGAGGUCAAUGUCUUCUUUCACGCUACACGGAUGAUGAAGCCUACAUUUGGUGAUGUAUCUGAAAACGGAAAGUCAUGGGUGCUGACCGUGGAGAACGUGAUGGAGUUAGAUAGGGUACGACAAUGGUUAACGGAGAGAGUGUCCGUAUUUGGUGUCACGCUCGUCAAAAAGGAGGGAACAUUUGGUAAAAGUCAAAGAGCUCCGUGUCUAAUAGUAUUUGACCCUAAGAGGGGGAAUAUUCGGGACCAGUUGUAUCACGCCUUCGUCAGGUCUGUCAGCGCUAUGGACCAUGGCCGGAAAUUCUGUAUUGAGAUGAAUAUGAAUGGUUGUGUACAGAACUGGUGUUCGCGCGUCACUGGUGCCAAAUGUAAGGCUGUUGGCGCCAAGCUCAUCAUCACUGACGGAGAGGAGAGAGACAACUUCAUGUCCGCCGAAAAUGUGAUUUGCUGUGUCCUCUGUCUUCCAGUGUGGGCCAUACAGACGGGCAUUCUACAGGCACACCGACAUUUCCAGUACCUAGACUACGUCCUCGACCUGAGUAUGGAGGAACUUCGACUUCACGGCUCCAUGGGAGGCACUGCCAGUCAACGUGAGAAACUAUUCGCAGUAAACAAGCGUACCGGAGUAUUCCGCACGAAGCCAUCAGAGGCAGGCGUAGCGUCACUAGACCCCAAACGCCGAAUGGAGCUGGACAGUCAUAAGUACAUUUGUAUCAAGAAAUACGAUAAAAAGGACAACAAACCCAUGGAGGAAACAAUUGACGAACAUGAAACGACAACUCUACAAAACUUACUAGCACAUAUAGCGAAAAGUAAGCUGAAAAACGAAGGGAUCGACACCAGCGUGUGUGCGGGUUCUAUAGAUACAUCUAAUGAAGUUGCCGAUAAUUUGACGGAUGACGUUAAAGCCAAGACGGUACCAAGCAAAGCUACUGACAAAGUUGGACUCCUUGACGCCAACGUCCUCGUCCAUCGGGAUGGUCCAAAGAAGACGUCAGUUUCUAAGGUGCAACUGAAAGAGAACGCACAAUUGAAAGUUUACGACGACAACGAAAUAUUGGAUGAGGAAGAGCGAGAGGAAGUGGAGAAACUACAGGUUAUGAAAUCCAAGGGGAUGAAGAAUACAGAAAAUAAACAGCGAAUGAACUGGGAUCAGGACAGGGAUGUGUUGAAUCAAAAGAUACGUGCCGCCACAUUGGAUACUUCAAACGAACGGCGAAACAACCAAGAGUUUGAAAACGGCAUGGAAACAUUGCUUCUGAAAGGUUAUUCUCGACACAAAGAGGAGGAAGAAGUGGAUGAAACUUCAAAAACACCCAGGACAAAGAAAGUCAAAAAGAAGACGAAAAGGCGGACAUCUAGUGUAAAUAGACAGAAACAUACAUUGGCAAAUGGAGAGUUUCAGUCCGGGAACGCCACGGUUGUUGAAAGACCAGUUAGCAGGAAAGGACAAUUCAAUCGAAAUCUUGAUUCGUCUGAUGAUAAUGAUGAAGGAUACAAAGCAAGUGAGGAUAUCACGGAAGUCGAUACCUACACACAGGAAGUACGCUCAAGACGUCGUAAAAGGUCGAAACAGAUGACGAAAUUCUCGGAAUCGUCCGGGGAAGACAGUGAAGAUGAAUUCAAUGAAUACUUAUGUGAUGCUAAUUCUACAAUUCUGAGAAAUAUGGACCAAGAACGACUUUUCACAGAACGACACUAUCCUGACCAAUUGAAAACUACGUCGACGGAGCAGGUGCCGGCCAACCCCAAGCCGUACCUGUUACCAGAAGAGGACGAGUUCGAAGGCCAAACGAGUAACAUCAUCCCUGUAGGAAAGACGGACCGCACGUGUUUGAUAGAUAAUACAGAGGAACAUUUGGACGAUGUGCAACCUAAUGGAACUGAGGGCGACAUUGAACUUACCGACUGUGAGUUAGAUGACGACGGAGAGGAUGAGAAUGGAGAUGGUGAUGAACAGGAGCAGUCGAACGCCACGCAAAAGAAGCCACAAAAAUCGGUACCAGAACGCAGUAAGAGAAGUAGCAGAUAUGACUCGACAAGAAGGUAUCUUGGAAUCAGAACACCGCGACGAAAUCAGCGACCCGUGGCGACGGAAACCGUACAACAUCAGGCUGUGUACGAAAUGGAGCUCAUGUGAAGGGCAGUAAAAAACGGUUAAGCUAUGACAUAUAUGACAAUGGUCUCUAAAAUUGACGGUAAAAAUGACAUCAUGUGGAUAGUCAUAGUACGGCCAUGUGUCUAGGGCCGUGUGUGUAACUCUAUACAGUGUGGGGUCCACGUGACUUUUUAGUAUCGAAUUCUCUUAAAAACGGAUAUGUCGACAGCCACCUCAGGCAUGUUUUCUACUGUAAUUUUAUUUUGCAGGAACAUAUCUUAUUGAGAACGACCCACCAAAGUUGUACCUUCUACAAGUUCGGUGGGCACUUUGAUUAAAAGGUACAGCUUUGUAGUGUACUUUGGUUAGAAACUUAACUUUGUAGUGUACUUUGGUUGAAAUUUAUAACUUUGAUGGGUACUUUGGUUAGAAAGUGUAACUUUGGUUGGUACUUUGGUUAAAAUUUAUAACUUUGAUGGGUACUUUGGUUAGACAGUAUAACUUGGUGGGUACUUUGGUUGAAAUAUAACUUUGAUGGGUACUUUGCGCUAUAUCACAUUCAGACAUCGAUGCAAAAUAAAGUGUAUGAUUGAAUAGAUUACUGAAAUGACCGUCAACUGCUGACGUGAACGAUACUAAAAAGUCCCGAGGGUCCCUCGCAUUAAUACCGACGUUGGAUUAAUGUAAUCUGGUACGCAAACUUUUAACUAGUUACAUGUGUGAUCAGUGUAAAGAAAAUGACGUGAGGAAAUCAAUGGAUUUGUGGAAUUCGCAGUGAUUAGUGUUAUGGAAAUUCACACGGGGUGUCACGGAAAUCCUUUUUAUAUAUGUUGGUACUCCAUGGAUUUGUAAUUUCACAAAGCAAUAUUUGAUAUGCGGAACUUCCAGGGAACGUCACGGAAAACCUUUUUAAUUAUAUUGGUACUCCAUGAUUUGGCAAAAAUUAUACGUGCUAUGGGAUUACCAGGAAUAGUCCAGGUAUUUUUUGGAUAGCAAACAUGCCGCUCUUCAUACAGGAAUUGUCGAUUUAAUGUUAAAAGGCAACAUAGACACAGUCACAUUAAGUAACAUUAUUAAACAAUACAAAAUGUCAUGUACGUCCGGAUUAAGGAAAUCUCAAGUGUUGCCUUACAUUUACGUCCGGAUUACGGAAAUACCAAGUGUUGCCUUACGUUAACGUCCGGAUUACGUGACGGAAAUCCCAAGUAGUUGCCUUACAUUGACGUCCGGUUACGGAAAUCCCAAGUAGUUGCCUUACAUUGACGUCCGGAUUACGGAUAUCCCAAGUGUCAGCUUACAUAUCGACGUCCGGAUUACGGAAAUCCCAAGUGUCAGCUUACAUAUUGACGUCCGGAUUACGGAAAUCCCAAGUGUUAGCUUACAUAUCUACGUCUGAAUAACGAUAGUUAGGUUUGUAGUGAAGGUCAUGUCAUUUUUCUGGGAUUAUACGUUAUGUCUUGCAUUUCCAUCCGGAUUAAGCUUAUUCUAGGAUAGUCCUUACAUUCAUAUCCGGAUUAUUGCGUAUAGUGUACCAAAGGUGCGAUGGUAUGCAUCAUCUCCUAGUACAUUAUAACAAUACACAUAAAUGAUAUAGGAGUUAAUGACUUUCAGUUACAGCAAUCAACCCACGUGUGUCACAAUGUAUGGCCUUGUUUGUUUCAUGUCACAACUUUGUGUGUGGUUUAUCAGUGUUUCUGGUUUUGAAAAACUCUAAAAAAAAAGUGCAAAGGGAGGUACAAUGGAUUGGUGGUCACCCUACUGUAAUGUUUCGUCUCCUAUAAAAUAACCUGGACGUUGUGUGCCCCUGUGGAUACAGUUCACCUAGUGAAUGUUGUUAUACACUGUCAUAACUCAUUGAUGGACUACAAGUCAAAAUCAUUAUUUGACUUAAAGUCAAAACUUUUGAAUUUUGCAUUUCAUUAUCUCAAGUUUUUACAGACAAGAGAAUAAAAUACAAGUAUACACAAAUCAG